GAUACUUCUCUUGAACGUAAUUGUGUUCUCGACGACAUAAAUCAACCUCAAAUUUACGCAUCCGCUCAUCUAAACAACAAAUCAGAUAACGAAGUCGUCGCGAAUCGUUGGGUGUCGAUGAUCGCAAAAUGAGCUCCGCUCGUGUCUGAGAAUUGUUCUCUCGAUAUUUGCAUCGCAAUUGUAAAAAGACCACCUCGCCUCGGCUAUCAUUUCGGCAGGAAUGCAGGUUGACGCCUCAGGAACGCGGCGUAAACCUGACAAUCUCGAACCCGGCCGUCGUAAUUCGGCCGUGAAGGAGUCGUACGAAGCGCGCGAGAUUCCUGCGGAUCGUCGCGUUUCUCGGGGCCAGGCCCCUCCUGAUUCUCCUCGGAGAACGGGGCACAUGGCGUGGCAUAGUAUGGACGGGUAACAGGACAAUCCGGAUGGGACGUGCGGGGCCCCCCUCAGCUAUAAACGAGCAUCACGCCUACGACGAGGGACUCGAGCCGUGACGGCGCCCGCUCAUGAGGAUCCUACGCGCCGCGGAACAAGUUGCCGAUUGAAAACGAAAGAACAGCAAGAAUGCAAAGGGAGGAACGUGAUAGCGGCGACCACCCCCUCUUCGUCCGUGUGUGAUAGUGGUGGUGCACGAUAGUAGUAGUAGUAGUAGUAAUCGUCAUGAGUCGCGCGUCCGUUCCUCUCGCGCACUCCGUACGUACGUACGUGGCCUUUAGUCUCCGAGCUAAGCCCCGACCGUGAGGAGAGUGUCGUGCGGAUCUAAGCGCCGGUCAGCUCGAUACCGCCUCGUGUACGCCUCGCGUAAAUUUCGAGCGGAAUCUGAAUGCACGGCGAGGAUGCGCGCCGAGACGGGACGGCGCGCGGGUCUCCGCUGGCUAACAAUAGCAGCAACGGCGUUGCUGGUCGGUCUCAUCCUCGUGGGCGAAACCGGCGCCACUUGGAAGAGACGGGAGGACAAGACCAAGUGUCCGAAAGUGAAGGGCAUACGCAACUUUGACAUAUCCGAGUUUCUCGGAUCGUGGUACAUAGUGCAGUACUAUGCGAGCUCGGAGGAGGCCCUCGCGUACCGGUGCAUGCGGGCCGAGCUCUCCGUCUCGCCCGAGAACGCCGAGGUUACCAUGAAUUUCACUUACAGCUUCACCGACGACCCCAUCAACGAACUGCUAGUUGGUAACAUCACGUGGAAGAUUCCGUCGUCGGACCUACCUGCUCACUGGGUGCACGCCGAGUUCCCAUAUGAGGGAGUGUACAACACGUACGUGUUGGACUCGGAUUAUAAGUCCUGGGCGUUGCUAAUGCACUGCGCUGAAAAGAGCAAGAGUCCACGGUAUUUAUCUAGCUUCAUCAUGAGCCGCGAAGCGAGCCUUGGGGCGAACGUCAUUUCUUAUCUGCGCGAGAAGCUGCCUAGGUACGUUUGUCUUGUCUCGAUAUCGCCGCGAUUACAAGGGAGUUGUGGCUUUGGAAUUUUAUUCGUUCAACUCACGCAGAACAACGAUAAAUUGUACUGCAAGACAUCGAUUGCUGAUACAAGACGCCAUCCAUAUCUCUCUGUGACUAUAAUUUAAAUCAUUGUUUCUGAAAGUUUUUAAUUUUUACCAAAAUUGUCAUUUUAUUUACGUUGCAUCCGUCAAAAAGAAUCAAGUCUAUCGUCUCCUUCAAAUAUUAAUCAAAUUUUCACUAAAAGAAAAUUUUUAGUCGAUAAUUAUUCUGUUCAAGAGUUAGUUAUAAAUUGGACUAAUGUAUACCCUUGUGUUACUUUUAAUACAUGAAAUCAUCAAAAAUAAAUUUUAUGUUUCUGUUUUAAU